AUGGGAUAUUCCACGGAAAAGUUUGUAACGACGCCCAACCCCAAUCUGAUCUGUGGCAUCUGCGCAUGCGUUUUGCGGGAUGCCGUCCUGACCCGAUGUGGGCACGCUUUCUGCCAGACCUGUCUCGAUACCUGGUUGGCUAGACCAUUGGCGGGAACGUGUCCUCAGUGUCGCACCUGUAUCAGCAAAUUCCAGGUGAGCCCCGUCUGGGCGAUCCGGGAAAUGAUCAACGGAUUAUCCAUCUACUGCAGCAACGCCGACCGCGGCUGUACCUUGACUCUGGGUGUUGAGAACUUGGAGAAGCACCUUGACUCCUGCGGCUACGGACCUGUAGAAUGCGUAGCUUGUGGCGUCGUGGUCAACCGACUCGACUACCCAGCACACACGGUGGAAUGUGAGAAAUAUACCCUCGAGAAAAGUGGGCAGCUGCAGACUUCAACCCAGACUUCACCGACAGCAGACGCGCCCGACGUUGAGAAGUUGAACCAGCGACUGAACGCGCUUGAGAUACAGCUGAAGCACAGCCGCAAGCAGCUCCACCUUUGCCAAGCCGAUAAUCGAAAACUGGAGCGGGAGCUGUCCAAAGCGCGUAUCGACUUACAGAGAAAGCGAACCGAGUUCAAUCUCUUCAAAGCUCAGAUGUGUGAAUUCGACGCCGAUUAUCCAUACGGCUUCCAACCAGACGGCGUCUCCAAACUCUCCCUCCUCAUCGCCUGUCAUCAGCAGGAGAAACCCGAGAACAUCGACCAGAACCGCAUCUUCACCUGCAUCCAGCGUUGCUAUGACAACUUCGCGCGGUGCGGAUCCAAAUACGAGCACGACGUCCAUAUGCUGAUCGCGACCGCGUAUGCCAGUAAGUGGUUUUCGGACAACCACAAGAUCAACUUUCACUGUUGGCUGCAGAGCAUCGCACGAUAUCGCAAGUAUGCCGACUGGGGCAGGACAACUGUCAGUCAACAAGCCCCUAAUCAUCACCACCACCAGGAAGAAUCGCAUCACUUGAUUGGUGAUGAUGUUAAUUCGACGAGAAGUCAAAUGCAUCGAGGUACGGUCAACAUAGGCAGUAACCAACUUUCUAGGUCACUCUCUCUUCGAUGA